AUGGGCCGGACCACUAAGUGGUUUCGCUCGCUUUGGAGCUUCAAAACCUCGCCGGAGUCCUCGGCGGCUGCGAAGGGUAAGAAGAAGAAGAAGAGCAAGUGGGCCCUCCCGAGCACCGGCGAUAAUCCCGGCAAGCUGACCAAUCGCCCUGAGGACCCAUUGGCGAGUCCAUACGUCGAGGGAAUCGAUGCCAACAAGCACGCGAUAGCCGUGGCGGCGGCGACCGCGGCGGUGGCCGAGGCUGCUCUGGCGGCGGCGCAUGCGGCGGCGGAGGUGGUCAGGCUGACCAGCGGUGGCCGGAGCGGGAGGGGCGAACUGGGAGACCGGCGGCUAGUGAAGGCCACCGUCAAGAUUCAGUCUGCUUUUCGAGCUUAUUUGGCAAGGAGGGCAUUGAGGGCCCUUAAGGGACUGGUUAAGCUUCAAGCCCUUGUGAGGGGCCACAUUGUACGAAAACAAAGUGCGGACAUGCUGCGGCGUAUGCAGGCCAUGGCCCGAAUCCAGGCCCGGGCCUCUGCACAUCGUUCUUACACAUCAGAAUUCCACUAUGCACAAUCUGGCUUAUCCAAUUCCCAUCAUCCUGGUUUCGCAAAUCCCAGAAAAUAUGAAGAGAGGUCUAGUAGUGUAAAAAGUGGUGGAUCUGUUCAUAAGACAAAUCACUCAAGAUCACACACUGGCAUGACUAUCAACAAUGAGAGCACUCAAAUCACGUCCCGAUGGCUAAGCCAUUGGAUGGAACAAUGCGCAUGGGACCAAAGGAACCCCCACGCACCCUCCCCCGAUAAGAUUCUCGAAGUCGACACGUGGAAUCCCGGCCAGAAGAGAACCCAAAAUGACGAAAGACCCAACACCUCCCACUAUUUCUCUGCAUGGAACGAUACGUACAAACCGAACCCUAUUGCUUCCCCCGAGAACACCUCCUCGUCCAAUGGUGGGGACCACCAUAAGGUAGUGGGUGACAGCCCAAAGGUGCGCUCGGCUUCUAGAAGCUUGUUUGGGGAUUACCCAAGCUACAUGGCCAACACUCAGUGUUUCCAGGCUAAGCUCAGGUCUCGCAGCGCGCCAAAGCAGAGGGUGCAACUAAAUUCCUCGUAUGGGCGUGAGAUGUGGGAGUGUUCGGACACGGUCUCCGAGAGGGGUUCUUUCUCGGUUAUGGGGCCCAGGGGAGGUGGUUAUCGGUACUCAGGUCAGGUGAGGAGGCAUGGAACUCCUCUGCGGGAGGCAGGUGGGGCCGGGAUUGGAUCUGUCCAUGGCCGUAGGAUCUAG